GCCGGCCGGUCGAGCCACGCCCAAUGCCUAUGGAAUAUGGGCUGCACGUACUUGAAUUGUAUAAAUCACGAACUAAUAAUAUAACAUAUAUUAUAUAGUAACAUAUAUGCCCGGUUGCACAUACGACCAAUAACUAGUUAUCGGUCCAAUAACUAGGUUAUCGAAUCGAUAACAAUUUGACAGGUUGCACAAAGGAUCAAUAAGUUUUAUCAAUCCAAUAAAUAUUGUGUUAUCGGUUCGAUAAGUUGUAGACCUGAUUUCGGUUCGAUAAAUAUUCAAAAGAGUUCUAUAACUUUAUUGAUCUGAUAAUAUCGAAUUAUUUUGUGAUAACUGAUAAGGUAAUAUUAUUAUUUGUCAUAUUUUAAUUAAAUAUUUUUGAAACGAGUUCAAUCUUAUUUUCUGCUUCAUCAGUGUUAGGUAAGUUACAGUUUGUCACUUUAUAGUUUACUAAUAUCGAAGUCAAUACGAAUACCAGCGGGUAACUUCUCUACUUUGUCAAAGUAGUAAUGUAUUUAUCAUCAUCAUCAUCAUCAUCAUCGAAUUCCGAUGAAGAACAUGAAGUGUUUGAAGUUUUGAUAAACCUUCCUCGACCACGAUUAUACAGAGAUCGUUUUAAUCCUCUUGAACAUUAUGAUGAUUUAGAUUUUAAAAAUAGAUUCAGGUUAACGAAGAAUACCUUUAUGAUAUUAUUGAAUGUAAUUGGAAAAGACAUAAAACAUGAUACUAAUAGGAGUUAUGCAAUAAAACCAGAAGUACAAUUAUUAAUAGCGUUAAGAUUUUAUGCGACUGGAGCAUUUCAAACUGUUAUUGGUGAUCAUAUUCAAGUGCACAAGUCAUCUGUUUGCAGAAUUAUAAAACGUGUGUCAAAAUGUAUAGCUUGCCUUCGUCCUUUAUUCAUAAAUAUGCCAAAAACACAAAACGAACUACAAGAAGUUCAAAUUGGAUUUUAUAGACGCUGCCAAUUCCCUAAAGUAAUUGGUGCAAUUGAUUGCACGCAUAUUAAAAUCCAAUCUCCGAACAGCAAUAUAGGAGAACAGUUUAGGAAUAGAAAAGGUUACUUCUCCUUUAAUGUUCAAGCUGUAUGUAAUAGCAAAAUGGAAAUUAUGAACAUUGUAGCUAGAUGGCCAGGAUCUGUACAUGAUAGUACUAUUUUUGAUAAUAGCUUAUUACGUGCACAGUUUGAAAAUAAUGAAUUCAAAGGAUGUUUUCUUCUCGGAGAUGGUGGAUAUCCCUGCAGAAAAUAUUUAAUGACUCCAUUGUUAAAUCCUACCACAGCUGCAGAAAAAAAGUAUCAAAAUGCUCAAAUCGGAACCAGAAAUGUGAUCGAAAGAGUUUUUGGGGUGCUGAAACGGCGUUUUCCAGUUUUGUCUGUUGGAUUACGUAUUCAACCAAAAUCAGCGUUGAAUACUAUUGUGGCUACGGCUGUUUUACACAAUAUUUUGUUAAAACAAAAUGAUACAAUGCCACAAAAUGAUCUGCAGAUAGAUGAUGAAUUAUUUGAAGAACUAGACGCUUUGCCAGUACAGCAAGUUGGAAAUGCUGAAUUUGAUACAUCUAUUUCGUCAAGUAAAUCAACUGAACAACAGUCAAUGCCACAUUUUGUCUGAAAACUUAACAGGAAUCUUUUGGCCAAAUCAUUUCAGACCACCACAAAUAGACCCUUUCUAACAAUUCAAUAUCCGGCCGGCUCAACAGCUGAUUACCCCUGUUUGGCCAAACAGAAGUACUACAACUGACAAAUUGAAGAUCUGCUCCUAGUCUACCACAUUUUAGAAUGGAAUUAUUUGGUUACAACCAUCUGGAAAUGAUUGCAAAGAUCAACAGGGCCAUUACUUUGGGAGACUCACAGUCACAAAUUGACCUAAGUGGCUUUACUACUUUUUUAACAUUUUAUUUACAAUCUAUACCAUACAAUUAGUUCCACUACUUAAAACUGCAUACAUGCCAAUAGUUCUUUAAUAAAUGCAGUUAUAUCAAAAUUUAAUUCAUUGAUAAGGACAAUAUUUAUGAUUGCAUAGCUUAAGUUAACAACACUUUCAUUAAAAAAGGUGCACAGAAAUAAGAUUUGCCUAUCAAAAAAUGUGUCGAGGGAUCAAAUAUUGAACAACUUAUUAUUAGCAAUUUUAAAUACAUAAUAUAUGACUUUCGGCUAAAUAAUAACUAAUACAUUACUUUUGAUUAAAGGCUUUGGAUUUGAAAGUUACUCCAAAUGAAUUGUGUGAACUGUGAAUAUAAAGUCUAUAGAAUUCAUAGAAACUUUAACUAAGGUUUUCAUUAUUAUUCAGUUGGAACGUCAUUUUGCAUACACAUUUAUUUUUGUUUGUGACUGAUGCCUACCUAAUUAAUUUCAG